UCUGUCACAGUGCGCAUUCCGUCAUUCGCGAUUUUCCGAAAAGUUCCUUGUGUGUAGUUUCGAAGCGAGGAUGAUCCGAGUGACGCUUUUGCUGGUGGCGGUCGCGCUGGUGGGGUUCGUGGCGGGCGCCCCCGCCCCCCUCGAGCAGAGCGACCUGGAGAAAUUCGAGAACAUGGACUUGUCGAGCAUCCUGUCCAACAAGAGGCUGAGGACCGCCUACGUCAACUGCAUGGUCGACAAAGGGCCCUGUACUGCGGAUGCUGCUGAAUUCAAGAAGAUUCUUCCAGACCUGACCGAAACGCAGUGUGCUGAUUGUUCGGCCAAGUUCAAGGAGCUAAUCAAGAAGUCGGUGAGCACGUUCCAGAAAGACUACCCUGAGGACUGGAAGACACUCAUGGCACAUUUCGACCCGGACAACAAGAGAGCAGCCGAUUUAGAAAAAUUCAUGAGCUCUUGAACGGGGAUGCAAGAACACCGUGGGCAGCCAUCUUGAAUAAAUUUCUUUGUCAAA